CCUAUUUAAAGGCAGUGACCGGGGCGUCCCGCCGAGCGGCCGGACCAUGGAGCGGCUGGGGGUGACCGAGACCUUCGCCGGGGUGUCCCUGCCCGGCCACCUCCACACCCAGGAGUCCCUCGCCUUCGCGGCCACCUUCACCUUCCGCCCCACCGACGUGGUCAUCGCCACCUACCCCAAAUCGGGCACCACUUGGAUGCAGGAGAUCCUGACGCUGCUGUUCAGCCACGGGGACGCGCUGCCGGCCAAGACCAUCCCCAACUGGGAGCGGGCGCCCUGGCUGGAGCAGAUCUACUGCCGGGCCGCGCUGCCGGACGCCGCCCCCCGCCGGCUCCUCACCACCCACCUGCCCGCCCGCGUCCUGGCCCCUGCCCUGCGCCAGGGCAAGGCCAAGGUGAUCUACGUGGCAAGGAACCCCAAGGACGUCGCCGUCUCCUUCUACCACUUCCACCACCUGGCCAAGUUCCUGCCUGACCCUGGCUCCUUUGACACCUUCUUGACGCAGUUCCUUGAGGGCACAGUGCACUACGGCUCCUGGUUUGACCACAUCAAGGGCUGGCUGGGCCAGCAGCAGCUCCUGGACAUCUUCUAUGUCACCUACGAGGAGCUGCACCAGGACCUGUGUGGCACAGCACAGCGUCUUGCCGCCUUCUUGGGCUGCCCACUGGGUCCGGAGACACUGGGAGCCCUGGAGCAGCACUGCAGCUUCGCUGCCAUGAGGGACAACACCAUGGCCAACUACACCCUCAUCCCCUCCGAGAUCAUGGAUCACAGCCAGGGACGCUUCAUGAGGAAAGGUGUGGUGGGGGAUUGGCGUGACCACUUCUCCCCCCAGCAAAACUCCACCUUCAACCGCCGCUACCAGGAGGAGAUGGGAGACGUGGAGCUGCCCACCCGCUGGCCCAUGGCAUGAGCCACGGCACAAGGAGAGUGGUGCACCUCACUGCCACAUUCCAGGUGACACCCUGCAUGGGGACCCCCCCAGCAUCCCCCAUAACUUAUAUACUCUCCCUGCAUCAGCCCAGCGGAAGGGAGGGACACACUGGCUGUCACUGGUGUGACAAAGACAACCCCCCUGGGGACAGGGGGCUUUUCCUGCCACACAUGGUGGCCAUCCCCACAGCCUUCCAUCCCUGUGGCCUUCCUCCCCCCCCGGGGUGGGGGCACGUGGCCUUGACACCCCGCUUCCAGCCCCUUGGAAAUAAAUAUUUAUCGUGUCCCAUC